AUGGGCCCCUGUACCGCCUCCUCAUGCUGCUGCCAGGCCCGUAAUCUGCCAUGGGCCCCCGUACCGACUCCUCAUGCUGCUGCCAGGCCCGUAAUCUGUCAUGGGCCCCUGUACCGUCUCCUCAUGCUGCUGCCAGGUCCAGAGUGUGUCAUGGGUCCCUGUACGGCCUCCCAUUGCUGCUGUCUCCAUCGCCACACUCUGCCAUGUGCCACUUUCAGGUCUCCUCACACUGCUGGUGGGUUCCAUUUUGUCAUAGGGUGCUGUAUGGCCUCCCAUUGCUGCUGCCUCCACCGCCACACUGUGGCUCCACACUCUGGUUUUGGCCCCGUGACUGCCCAAAUGAGUGAAGUGUGCGGUGAUUCUAAGAUCGACGGCACUCAUCUGCAUGUCAUACUGACUGACAGUAUUAUUUCUCUUCCCCAGCAGACUCCAAGGGCAUUUAAAUUAAAGGUACAGUGUUCUGCACUAAUAUAA